AUGAACCAUCCGCUGUUGAGAAGACACGACGACGAAUUUGGCCAAGUCCGUUACUACGAUUCGGAGGCAUAUGUGUAUGGUAUAGAAAUAAGUCCAAUAAAGGGCGUGUGCAACCCGCAAAUUGUCGGAGAAAAGAAAGACGUUGCUGUUGUCCUCCCAGACAAUUUUUUUAAAAGCGCAGUAAGUAACUAUAAAUUAACUAUAAAUAAAUAUUAUUACGAUGGAAACAAAUUCGAGGUUGCUACAGUCAACAACGUCUGUAUCAUAACUGGCGAACAUAUUCCACUUACUCACACAUACUCGUUGGUCAACAAAUUGUAUCAGGCCUUUUGCUUUAAAGAAGUUGUCACUGUCGAUUUUGUAGAUAGCAUAGGAGAGGUAUCGACUCUGUCCACCGAAAGUGAUUCAAAAUUCACACAACUAAAACCGCCAUACCAUCUCAAAGACUUUUCCGCGGCGUUUUACACACUCUGUGUGAUGGAAAAAUUGAAAUGCGAGUCUUUCGUUGUGCAAGAAGACACUCCACAGAUAGAAAAGGUCUUAUCAUACAUUCGUGAACACAGUGGUCUUGCUGAUAUACAACUUCCCGUAGUUUCGUACUCUUUUUCAACGCUCUAUGCCUAA